GUCCUGUUGUAAUGGCCGCUCUUUUUCUCUCUGCAGUGAAAGCUAACCUUUACGUUUAGUAAGUGAUGAAUUGGGUAGUAUUAUUUUACCGAGCCCAACUGCUGCUUUUUGUUGUAAAACAUUUAUGACGUUCAUUCAGAUGUUUUGGUUCAUCUCUAAUUUCCGUGCAUUGUGAGUGUGCUGUCGGCUAACGCGUUAGCAAGAGACCCAGCCUGCUGUCGGCUAAUACUUUAGCUGCAGAGACCCAGCCUGCUGCCGGCUAAUACUUUAGCUGCAGAGACCCAGCCUGCUGCCGGCUAACAGGUUAGCUACAAAGAUCCAGCCUGCUGUAGGCUAACACUUUUGAGGCAGGGAUCCAGCCUGCUGCCGUUAAGACUCUUCUCCAAAGACUGCCGUUGGAAAUGAACGGAGCCUCCAUCCACAGACAAAGUCGUGAUUAACGGGGUAACCCUGAGCUUCAAUGCCCGCAGAAGGACCUAGGAUGAAUGGCUUUUCUCUCGGUGAACUAUGCUGGCUCUUCUGUUGUCCUCCCUGUCCCAGCCGCAUAGCAGCCAAGUUAGCCUUCCUCCCUCCGGAGCCCACGUACUCCCUACACACCGACGCUAACGGGGUGACCAGCCUACAUCUAACGGAACGGGCUGACUGGCAGUACUCCCAGAGGGAACUGGAUGCUGUUGAAGUGAUCAGCACCAGAAGCAGCCGAGGGAACCGGGUAGGAUGCAUGUUCGUGCGCUGUGCCCCGAACAGUCGGUACACGCUGCUGUUCUCCCACGGGAACGCCGUGGAUCUCGGUCAGAUGUGCAGUUUCUACAUCGGCCUUGGCUCCAGGAUCAACUGCAACGUAUUUUCCUACGAUUACUCAGGCUACGGAGUCAGCACUGGGAAACCAUCAGAGAAAAACCUGUAUGCAGACAUCGAGGCGGCCUGGCAGGUGCUCAGGAACAAGUAUGGCGUAACACCUGAGAACAUCAUCCUGUACGGACAAAGCAUCGGUACUGUCCCAACCAUCGACCUGGCUUCUCGCUACGAAUGUGCUGCUGUCAUUCUCCAUUCACCACUCAUGUCAGGGCUACGGGUGGCCUUUCCUAACACGAGGAAGACUUACUGCUUUGAUGCCUUCCCCAGUAUAGACAAGGUGUCCAAAGUGUCAUCCCCAGUGCUGGUGAUCCAUGGCACAGAGGAUGAGGUGAUAGACUUUUCUCAUGGCCUUGCAAUGUACGAGCGCUGCCCCCGUGCCGUUGAGCCUCUGUGGGUCGAGGGAGCAGGACACAACGACAUUGAACUGUAUGCCCAGUACCUCGAGAGACUCAAGCAGUUUAUCUCCUUUGAGCUUCCAACGUCCUGAGUGGAGCUUGGCGCUCAGGCCCAAGGUUCAUCUUUAUGAUCUUCUGAAGCCAUCGUAUAAUCAUCUCCAAAGUUCCUCUCCAAGUAUUCAAGCAUGACGUGAGUAAACCGACCGCAGUUUCCCCGGUCCUGGAGCCAUUAAAGACGAGAAUAUCAUGUGGACUGGAUGAGCAGAUUUAUGAUUGUAAAGAUGCAGCUGAGAGUACAAGAAGUUGAAAAUCAUGAAGUAUGGUGGCCCUGAGGGUCAACUGCAUAAAUAUUUAAAAAACAUUAAGCUAUUUCGUGAAAUGCAAAACUUUUUUUUUUAAACAAAUCUUUCAAUAAACUCAAGGGACAUUUCAUAAAAUGUUUUGAGAAACUCAGUUAUUUUGUGAAACAACAAAAACAAUUUUUUUAACCCAUAAACAUUUCACAAAAUGAUAAAUUAGUUGAUGAAACUAUCAAACAUUUCAUUAGCAUUAAGAUUUAGUAAGAAGCAUAACACUGAAGAGAAAAAAUAUUUUCUGAAACUCAAAAACUUUGAAUUUGAAGAACUUAAAUGGAUUGUUAUUUCAGCUUCAUGAGUUUUUUUUAUGUUUUGCAUUUCACAAAAGGUCUCUGCUUUAAACAAAUUUUUGUGUGCAUUUCAUAAAACAUUUUUUUGCAUGUCAUGAACUCCUUUUUUAAAUACAGUUAGAUGUUUUUUGCAGUUGCUCCUUAGGGCCACCGUACUUAAGGCUUAAAAUAUAUUGCCCUCUGUCUGUCGUCCCAAAAAGAUUCAUGACUGGAUUGUUUUGUAUUUUUUUAAUAACUGUAAGCUUCUUUUUUUCUGUGAAUUUAAGUUACCAUUCAGGGUAAAUUUCAGAUUUGCACUAUAAAUGUGCAGAUAUUUUCAGGUAAUUUUUUUUUUCUCCGUUUGGAUUUGUCUUUGUUGGCGUCAGGUUUUCAUCAUUCCACGUUUUUUUAAAUGCAGGCUGAAACACCUGGUUUUGCGCUCCUGCACAUGUGGUCAUCGUAGCUGUGGUUUUGUCGUCUUGAUGCCUGUUUCUUACUCGAACAGGAAGCUGAAAAUGUGAAGUCCUUGAAAUCUUAAACACGGUCACUUUCAGAGUGAGGGUGUUUUGGAAUAACUUUAAAAAUGCCUUCCUCCUUCAUGCUGCAAGUGAUCCCAGAAACUUUGUGGCCACACCCCUAAUUUGGUGUCAUUUGGUUGAGAGACCCUUGUGCAUUAAAAAAUCUUGUUGCUAUAAAACGUAUCAGCUAAUCUUAUAUCUUGUUACCUCCCAGCCCGACUCAGCAGGCCAUCUUUUUUUUACAUUCCAGUGUCAUGUGAUGUUUUUGUCACUUAAGUGAUUUUACAAAAAUUAGACAUGUAAAUUCUUUUUUUGCAGUAAGUUUAUCUUUUGCUUUGUUUUAUCAGGAAAUCAUACCAUGCAACUUAAACAUUUGCCACCAAGUCGUGCCACAAAUGCUUUAAAUAUUGAGUAUACAUGAGCUUUCCUGGAUGAAGAGAGAAGCAGGUAUCAAGGCUUUGCUUUGUGAACUGUAGAUCAUGUGAAACUAAGACUUGACUGCUGUUUUAAACAGCAACAGACCCGUGCCGUAAACUGAAACCAGGGAGCGUGUAUCCUUAAAUGAAGGUGGAUGAACUGUUAAUUGGUUCAAGUUUGUGCUGAACUGAUCAGUUAUUUCAAACUAGGAGAAAAGGCCGCAUUUACAUGACAACGAUCUCAGCUGGAAAUGCUGACUUUUUUUACUUGUUUUUAAUGUUCAUUUACACUACAGUGGAGAUUGUAAACAGGCAGGUAGGCUACAACAAUGAUGGCUGACUCCUGAGCUCUGCUCGUACCACUCACUGCUAACAUUUUUCCAGAUUUACACUCCUUAUCAUGUACUGUAAGCCUUGCAAGGAUGAUGGAUUGUCCGGAUUCCAUAUCUGUUGUCAGGUUGAUCCAUCUGAAAGAGCUUUAAGCUGGUAUGCUCGUUCCCUGUCAGAGAUGACCGGACCUUGAAGGAUCAUUUCAGAAAGAAACUACUGAAUUUUGUACACUUUUUGAGCAGCCAUCUUGCUGUUGAUGUGCAAGGCCAAAUCCAUUUGAAGUGUGGCUCUGGAAAAUCUCUGUUCAAAGGAACAUGCAGCCCCAGUACUUCAUUCUUGCCCUCUUUUCCAUCAUGAGUCAGGAUACCCUACCACCAGACGUGAGCAUGCAGACAGAUACAGGCUGAAUGGUAGCGGUCAGGGGUGUACUGGAACUGAGACUUUUGCUGAUCGAUGUGCUUGGAAGUCAUCAAAAAGUUGCCGUCUGAACUUUAUUGAAACCAAAAAGCAAUUUCACAUUCAGUGGAUCAUUUUCAUGUAAAUGUGGUCUAAAGCCUUAUGUUUACAGACAUUUCAUCCAGUCCUGCAGACUACAGCAGGACCCUUGUGUUCCUCAAGAGGACUGAAAACUGCUGCUAUUCUUUAGAAGAGUCAAUCAGUCAAUCACUGUGACAGCCACACUACAGUUGAUAGAAAGUCGAAAUGACAGGAAGUCACUUAAACUUACCAUGACUACUAUCAUGCCUUUUUUAAGCUAUGUGUUUCUGCAUGCAGUCGCCAGGGAUGCCCAAAAGACCCUUUUUCACCCCACCCCUUGAUGACUGUUAGUAAGUUAGUCAGUCUUUUGUUGCUGGGCUCCUUCCCUAUAAUUUAACUUUUCUGGAUGUUUAAUCAAUUUGACUCUAAAUCUUUCCUCAGUUUAGGAUAACUUCUGCUUUCUGAAGAGAGGUUGAAACCCUUCAAAAUAUUACAGUUCUCUGAUGUUAGUGAUGUUAGCCAUCCUUCUGCAGCACCUCAAAAAAGAUAAAUGUGAUGUAUGAUACUGUUGUCUGACUGCACGCAUUGUGAGCGAGUGUCAGCAACAAAAUCAGCUUGAUUACACUGAUUCCUAUCGUGGUGUCUUGACAGUGAUGCAGUGCUCGCAUUAAAAUGGACAAGGAACAAGGAAAUGAGGAGAUGACAAGGUAUCAGGAGAGUCUGACAGGAAGAUUUUUCACUUUUCUCACUCAACUGAACUUGAAGAUAAAGUCUGUAUUGUCCCUGAGUGGUCCACACAGGCUAAAAUACUUAAAUGCAUACAUGUAAUUAUAACUCUCACGGAUUUCAUCAUAAUAAACAGACUCUGCGAUAUGAAACACACCCAACAGCCAUAGUAUUUAAUUUGUGUAAUGGCAGUCAUGCCAGAUAGUCAACAUGGAGGCAAAAAUUCAGCUCAAAGCUGCCAGACGCACAUCUAGACGAAGUACUACACUUUGUUUCUCUGAAAAACAUACCAAAAAUGAGAGUAGGAGUCUUUGUAAACUAUCCUUGAAAAAAAAAACUGGCACUUGAAAGUUUUCAUGAUGUGUCAAGCAGAACAUCUCUUCUGCAAAAAAAGUUCAUUCAAACUGGUCCGAGGUCAUGGUCCUCUGAAGUAUAACAGUGGAUUGCUUUCUCCAGGUGGGGAGCGAGUCAUGGCCCGAGGUGAACGAGUUCAAGUCUUUGUUGGGAUCUUGUCCACAAUUGAGGGUAGAAUGGACUGUGAGAGUUACAGGCAGAUUUGUGCAGUAUCAGCAGUAUUGCAGAUGUUAUACUGGACUGUUGUGUUGAAGAGGAAGCUGAGCUGGAAGGCAAAGCUCUCAAUUUACUGGUUGACCUUUGUUCCAGCCGUCAUCUACGGUCAUGAGCGCUGGGUAAUGACAGUCAAAUGACCACUGUCUCAAAAUGCAUCUGUAGAGCACAGAUCCAACAAAGUUCCCUGAUGUUUUCAUACCUGUAUCAGCCUGGACCUGUGAAUAAUAGAAGGCAACCUGACCCAACCUGUGGUUAAACACUAUGCAUACAUAGUGUUUCAUUAUUUAGCUGCUGUGCAAUCAGUGGUUUAACAACAAAGGCAUAAGGCCACUGCACAUUCGCUGAUAUUCAAAGUGUUAUGCACAUUACAGACACAGAUAAGCAGCAGUAAAUCAGCCUACCACAGCGCCUUGAAGGAACUAAUUCUUGACAGUAUUCACUUAUUUCACCGCCCACCUUUUGUUUAUUUCUACCUUGUGCCCAUACGUGGAAAAUUAUAGUUAUAUUUUCUACUCAUAGCGGAACAUUUUCAACGGGUACCCAUCGGGUAGGACUCAAGGGUGACGAGCUUUGUCAUCCAGAGGGAUCUCAAAGUAGAGUCACUGCUCCUUCAUCUCAAAAGGAGCCAGUUGACGUGGUGCGGGCAUCUGAUCUGGGAGCCUGGUGGCCUCCCUGCGGAGGUCUUCUGGGUGUGUCCAACUGGGAGGAGACUCCAGGUAGACCAGGACUCAGUGGAGGGAUUAUAUAUAUCUCAUCUGGCCUGGGAAUGCCUCAGAAUCCCUGAGGAAGAACUAGAUUAUGUCCCUGGGGAGAGGAAUAGGAAAAUUGCUGUAGGACAGCAAGUAGGGACACACUAAUGCUCCAGUUUAUCAUCAGUAUCUGCACUGUCGACAAACAUCAUCCAAGGGUAAAUAGCAUUGAAGGAACAGAUCUAAAUAGACAAUUGUUUAUCUGGAUUGUUCAGUCAAUUUAAUUCUGACAUCAAUUUAACUUCAGGAUUACAUAAGAGCCUUUUUACUGGGCAGAGAAAAAACUCUGGUCUGUUUUUAUGGUCAAAUACAAGAGAAAAUGCUGGCAUAGGAGGACCAAAAUAAGCUAUGAGAAAAACAUCAAAUUGGCAGAGUGCUAGUUUCUUUUAAACAUCAAUAUCGGCCCUUAUUCUCAAAAUCUGUGUCUGUCUGUAUUCUUUAAGAAUGUUGUUGAAAGAGUAUAUCUAAAGGUUUUUCAUGUUUUACCUUCAGUGUUGAAAACAGGAUGAAAAGUACUCUCUGAUUAUGAUGAUUAUAUGUUGAGUCGCUCUUAGCUAUGUUGAAUUGACCAAAUUGAGGUCUCCGUUUCACUGCCACACACUCAGAAGAGUUUUCAAACAGGAAGUAGCCCAGCAACCAAGAGAGGAGGCUCUCUGAUUGGAGGAUCAUACGGCCAGUCAGAGAGCCAUGAAGGGUCAGUUUUACCAACUUAAACCCCAAAGUUGUUAGGAAACAGAGACUAGAAGUACAAAGCCCUUACCAAUCACCUUAAUGACUGAAAAUUUAGCUGUUUUAACUUUUUUUUCCUUGAAAAUUAUGAAAUACUUAAAGACUGAAGUAGAUUGUAGUAGUUUAUAAUGAAGUAGAAGAUAAAUAUCGACUGAAAGACUACUGCAGAGAAGGAUUGUGUUUGAGACUGUAACUCAGCGACUGAAAUGUCGGACUGAUCAGUGUCUUGCUGUGAAGUGAUUUGUCAGUUGGGUAUUGAUGUGUUCUUAUAACUAUUUUUGGGCUCAUGUUGUUUUUGGACAACGCGCCCUCCAUCACCUCUUUUUAAAGGAAAUGAAGACCCUCCUCAAGUGUUGAUUCUUGUUUUGUUACUGACAUUUGUACACGAUUUUAUGAUCUAAAUGUUGAACGAUUUACACGUUUGUCUCCAGAGCUGGUUUGUAUUAUAAAUCUUUGUAAUGGUAUAAUUCAACAUCUUCUCUAUACAUAGAAGUCCAUACACGGUGUGGUCUUGUCAUUGAUUUUAAUCACUGGAUUGCCAUAUGCAAAUAAACGGCAAAUGAAGCUU